AUGAGGAAAGAGAUGGACGAGUUGAGGAAUGCCAUUGAGGAGAAAACGGAUUGGAGCAUGGAUAGAAUGGUAAGGGUCACAGAUUUACCUUUCACUACAGCAGUCAUCGAAUGUCCAGUGUUGUCGAAAUUUCGUCUGCCUCAACUUGAGCCUUUCAACGGGCUCAAGUACCCUCAGGAUCACCUUAAUACCUUCAAAACGACGCUAGGCCUUCAACAGCCCCCCGACGAGAUACUGUGUCGUUCCUUCCCCACCACUCUCAAAGGAGCUGCAAGGGAAUGGUUUACAAAGUUGUCAAUAUCGUCCAUUGACAACUUCGAGCAGUUGAGCAACGCUUUCUUGCGUCACUUCAUUGGGGGGCAGCGUCCUAAGAGGCCAGCGGACCACUUACUCACCAUUAGGCAGGGAAAGAGGGAAACCUUGAGGUCGUACGUGGAACGCUUUACUCGGGAGACCCUGGAGGUAGAAGAAGCUGACGACAAGGUGCAGUUGACGACCUUUAAAGCAGGACUGAGAUCCAAAGAGCUUGUGGCUUCACUCACGAAGAAUCCUCCAAAGAUGAUGGCAAAGAUGCUCCUGAAAGCAUAG